CGAGAUUAUUUCGCUAUGGGCAGACAUAAAUUUAUUGAUUGUUUUUACUUAAACCAAACAUAUACGGAGGAUGACAUUUUGAUUUUAUCUAUAGGAAGUAAUGAUAAUAAUCCAUAUGAAAUAAUUUCAAAUCUGUGUAAUACAUUGUGUAAUUUUAAAAAAUGUAAAAUUUUCGUGUUAAGUGUACAAUAUAAUAAUCACCUAAAUAUUCAUAAAUUAAAUUCAAAAAUUGAUCUUAUUGUAAGAAAUUAUGAUAACUGUCAUUUCAUAAAGACUGAUCAAUUGUUGAAAUCCUAUAUAUUUAAAAAAAAGACAUCAAUAAUUCAAAAAAUUAGUUUUAAAUUAAAUAUAGAAAUAAAUUUCCUUAAAUAUAAGCAAAAGUUCCUAAACAAUAUUGUUAAAAUAAGUAAUGAUUUAAAAUAUAGAAACAAUUGCGUUGUAAAAAAUACUUUAUUAAAUAGUCAAAAUCAACCUAAAAUUAUAAAAAAAGGCACAAUACCAUAUUAUUUUGGUCUCAAACAAAAAGAUAGUAACACAAAUGAAAUUCCUGAACAAUCAUCAAUUUGUUUUCGCCCCUAAGGAUAAAAGGAAUCAUUGCUUCACAGUUUUCCAUCAAAAUAUUCAGGGUUUAGUUUCUAAAAAGGAGUUGAUAGAAAUAACUCUUUCAGAAAUCCAAAGCGAUAUAUCUCCUGACGUUCUUUGUUUUACAGAAACAUUUGUAAGGAGUGGUGAAGAGCUAAACAUUAAUAUAUUAAACUUUGAGCUUGUUGCACAUUUUUCUAGAAAUAAAAAAAGAGGAGGUUCUUG